GUUGUGAACGAAGAGGAAAACAUGGCUACAAUACAGCAAACCCGACGUAAUAUGCAUGAGUUACCUAUUGAUCGGCUUCCCAUUGUGAAUUGUUGGGAAGGUCCAUCAGAAUGGGAACUGGAUUCUUCAGACAUGAAUACAGAGUCAACCGAAAGACCAUUACGUCAUGGUUGUGACGAUUUAUGGUCGUGGAGUUUAUGGGAAAAAAGUCCAGAAGUAAAAUUAUACGGUAGUUACCUUAGAAUAGCCCAUUUUCACCCUAACUGGAGUAAUGGUACAGCGGGGGUUAUGGGCACAAGGAUUUUAAACAACGGUAGGUAUUUCUGGGAACUAGAAAUUUCCCGAAGAUUAUUCGGGACUAGCAUGAUGAUGGGUAUUGGGACAAAAAAGACACGUCUCCAUGCAGGAGGCUUUAUAAACAUCUUAGGGGAAGAUAACAACAGUUGGGGGUUGUCACAUAAAGGACUCCUUUGGCACGGAGGACGAUCGUAUUUUUAUACGAAACCUUUCAGAGAAAACAGAAGAACAAUCAUAGGCGUACUUUUUGACGGGAUUGCAGGAACUUUGACCUAUUACAAAGACGGUAAAUGUUUAGGGGUAGCCUUCAGGGGUUUGAACGAGAUUGAAGAACCAUUGUAUCCUGCCGUUUCUUCAACUGCGGCGAAAACAGAGAUGUCCUUAGUUACAAUGAAAAGGGAUUUUGUGAAUUUACAGGACAGGUGCAGGGACGUUAUAGUAAAACGAAUCAAGGACAAAAAACACCUGAAACAACUGUAUGUACCACCCAAAAUACGACAUUAUUUAAGUGAAUCGAUAUUAGAAGAAUCGCAAUCUUUACAAUUGGUAAUAGAAAACGGUUUGAGUACCGUUUGAUUUAGGUAACGUUUUAGUCGCAACAUAUCUCAUUCAAAAUCUAAAACGUCAUGUUUUUGUCUACGUACUCUUAUCUGUUUUGUUGAAUAAAAUGUGGUUGGCAAUUCUUGCAAUCGCUAUAUCAGUAAACUAUUGCUAGUUAAUUAAUGUAAUGCACCAGGACCAAUAUGAAAACUUAUUCAAAUCGAAAUUACUAGGAGGGAAAUGUGUAGAAAUCAGAACCAGUGCAAAAUUGUAAAGGUUUUUUAUUAGUUUUAAAACUAAUGUUUCAAAUUCAGAUGUAAUUUUUUAACAAUUAAAUAUCUUUUUCACUAAAACAUAACUUGGAAACGUUUACACUUGAAGACAUGAAAAUUAUAAAUUUAACAUAAAAAACUCUUAUACCUACUCCAAUUUCUAAAUAUAUUAGUUAUUAAAUACUUUAUUGAAUUUAAAUUAUUCUUUGUUCAGUAAUAUACCAGAAUUUUGUCUAAUUAGUAAAAGGUAGAAAGAAUCUUGCCCAAAAAUUAUUGAAUCGCAAAUCAUUUAAAAUGAUUAUGCAUAUAUUUCAGUUUUUUACGUGUUUAAUGGCCAAUAUUUAAAUUACAACCUUUUUUCAUACGAUUUAUCAAUAUAUAAUAGAAUUUUAUAAUUCCUCAUAUCUUAAAUUUUUAAUUAUUAUGGGGAGUCAUGAUUCUCAGGACCUCCAGCGUAUUGACGUCUAGGAUAUAAAUAAUUUUACAUUCAUGAUCUCAUUUUAAUGUAAAUUUAACAGACUUAACUGUAUCGUUUGCAUAAUUAUAAAGUUUUAAAAAAUUUUAAUUAAAUAUUGGAUAUUAUGGGUAGGUAGGUAUUGUUGUCAAGCAACGUGUUAGAUUAUUUGUUUGUAUGAUAAAAUUGGCUAGGAUUCUAAACCGAGGACAACAAGCUGGACUAUGUUUAUCCAUAAAUAGCACAAAAACUGCCCGUAUUAUCUCCUUUAAUUACGUAUAAUUCGUAAACCAGAUGUAAGAUAUUUUUGGUCUUAAAAAUUCCACUGAUUUGAUAAAGGCGAGGACAAGUGAAAAGAAGAUUUAUUACUAUAACAAUGUAUUUGUCUUGUGCGUUUAAAUAUUCGUUAUCUCUAUUUUUGUAUACAUAAACUGAAAAUAUGUAUAUUAUUGUGUAUUUCGUGUUAUUAAUAUUAAUAGGUAUGCAUGUAACUAAUUUGUUAUUAACAGCGCAACGACGAACACUAUGUUUGGUUGCAAAAUUAUUUUGCACUAAAAGUUAUGUUUUAAUUAAACAUUGUGUCUGUUGUUGUGUUGUUAAUUAAUGUGGAGUUAAAAAAAAAGUAAAAAGCUUCAUCGAUUCGUUUCUUAAUUUGUUAUUGUUUUAUUUAAAGUGAAGGUGACCUAUGGAGUACCAUUAUUUGUGUAUAUUAGAAUGUGAUGAAAAAUUUUGUACUUGCAUUAAAAAGGUGUAGUUGCAAAUAUAAUAAUGUAUCAUUAUAUGUAUUAAAUUGUAGAUUUGCCAUUAGCUUCUUUCUAUUAACUAAUAAAAUGUUGUAUUACCGAUACUUAAACUUAAAAUUAGUAAAACUUAUUUUUGUGAUGUUUUUAUAAGCCGUGGAUUAAAAAAGUGCCAUAUUAUUGAAUUAUACAUUUAAAUUUUUAUUUCUUAUUACAUUUUGAUCGACAACAAUCUUUAAUGAAGUAAUAUCUUACGUACCUAAAAUAAGUUAAUUUCUCAACAAAAAUUAUUUUUAACAAUAGCACAAGGCACUAAUAGUGUGCAAAGAAAGAAGUGCAACUUGUUCUGCAUUUUUUUUAUGAAAAUGUACAUAUACUUACUUAUUAUUACCUA